CGGGGCUUUGUUGCCUGAGUAACCGUAUGAUGGUGGUGGUGGUGGUGUCUUCCUGUCUCAACGAUACCUAUUUUCUAGUGCUGAGAUCCUGAGACAAUGAAUCAUAGUGAAAGAUUCGUUUUCAUUGCAGAGUGGUAUGAUCCAAAUGCUUCACUUCUUCGACGUUAUGAGCUUUUAUUUUACCCAGGGGAUGGAUCUGUUGAAAUGCAUGAUGUAAAGAAUCAUCGCACCUUUUUAAAGCGGACCAAAUAUGAUAACCUGCACUUGGAAGAUUUAUUUAUAGGCAACAAAGUGAAUGUCUUUUCUCGACAAUUGGUAUUAAUUGACUAUGGGGAUCAAUAUACAGCUCGCCAGCUGGGCAGUAGGAAAGAAAAAACGCUAGCCCUAAUUAAACCAGAUGCAAUAUCAAAGGCUGGAGAAAUAAUUGAAAUAAUAAACAAAGCUGGAUUUACUAUAACCAAACUCAAAAUGAUGAUGCUUUCAAGGAAAGAAGCAUUGGAUUUUCAUGUAGAUCACCAAUCAAGACCCUUUUUCAAUGAGCUGAUCCAGUUUAUUACAACUGGUCCUAUUAUUGCCAUGGAGAUUUUAAGAGAUGAUGCUAUAUGUGAAUGGAAAAGACUGCUGGGACCUGCAAACUCUGGAGUGGCACGCACAGAUGCUUCUGAAAGCAUUAGAGCCCUCUUUGGAACAGAUGGCAUAAGAAAUGCAGCGCAUGGCCCUGAUUCUUUUGCUUCUGCGGCCAGAGAAAUGGAGUUGUUUUUUCCUUCAAGUGGAGGUUGUGGGCCGGCAAACACUGCUAAAUUUACUAAUUGUACCUGUUGCAUUGUUAAACCCCAUGCUGUCAGUGAAGGACUGUUGGGAAAGAUCCUGAUGGCUAUCCGAGAUGCAGGUUUUGAAAUCUCAGCUAUGCAGAUGUUCAAUAUGGAUCGGGUUAAUGUUGAGGAAUUCUAUGAAGUUUAUAAAGGAGUAGUGACCGAAUAUCAUAACAUGGUGACAGAAAUGUAUUCUGGCCCUUGUGUAGCAAUGGAGAUUCAACAGAAUAAUGCUACAAAGACAUUUCGAGAAUUUUGUGGACCUGCUGAUCCUUUGGAGUCUCACUCUGUUGCCCAGUGUAGAGUGCAGCGGUGCAAUCUCGGCUCACUGCAAACUCCACCUCCCAGGCUCUAGUGAUUCUCCUGCCUCAGCCGUCUGAGUAGCUGGGACUACAGAUUGUUUGUGUUCACGGAUACAGAAUCUGCGGAUACAGAGGGCCAACUCUACUGUCUUUCCUUUAAGAUGUCUCCAGCUGCCCCAAUCUUGAGUGACCUUUGCCUUCCUUCAAACUCCUAUGCCGUUAAUUGUCUACACCUCUCACCUGGCGGUUGUCAUAUGCUUCUUGUAUAGUUUAUCUUUUAUGUAUAUUUACUUCCUAGUCUAGGAACUAACUAGAGAAGUCUCUUUACACCUUUUUGGUAUCUCCAAUACUUGAAAAAUGCUCUUAAAACAGUGCUUCUCAAACAUCCAUGUACUGUGCGUAGAAAACACCUGGGGAUCUUGUUGAAUUGAAAAUUGUGAUUCAGCUGGUCUGGGGUGGGGCCUGAGAUUCUACAUUUAUGACAGACUCCCAUGUGAUGUGAUGCAGCUGGACCACAGACCACAUUCUGAGUGACCAGUGUCUGUCAAACCUUCAGCAAAUGUUUAUUGAUGAUGCCAUUUUUUUUUCAGAAAAAGGAUAAGAGAUUUAAAUUUGUUAAGUGCUGCAUUUUUAUGUAAUAUGCAAAUAGCACUAAGACUGAACUGAGAUAUUGAUUGAAAAAAUACGCUGAAUGAUUGAAGAUGUUAGAUGUCUUUUUUUCUGAUUUCUCCAUCUGAUCAAUAGGAAUGGACUUUAGCUUAUCCAUUUUCAUUAAUACCAGACUGGAUGAGAUUAUACGUGAAUAACUUCUACUUCUGUCUUCACUAGAUUCAGGCUGAAAAGCAAAAGUCUUUAUAACACAUUUCUAGUCACGUAAAUAAUACAAACUUUUUCUAACUUUUCUCUGAUUUGGGACACCUAGCUUUGAGAAGCAGACGGUUUUCCCAGUAAACUCUUAGAUUCCAUAGGUAUCACAUUUCAGGGUCAAGAAUUACGCAUAUACCCAGUAUAAACUCUGUAAAGACUUUUUUUCUCUUGUUUGAUGGAACUCAAAAAUGGAGCAAUAAUAGUUAUCAACAAGCAAUGAGUCUGAGUCCUCAGGCUUUAAUGGCAACCAACAAACCCAUGCUCCUUAUUGCAGAGGAAGAGUGCAUUGUUGAUUCGCUUUAUAUCCCCAAAUAGAAAACACAUUAAGGGUAAUCCUGGGAAAUUAUGCUUACUUCAAACCUUGAUUGCCAACACUGAAGUGUCUAAAUAGCACUUCACCAUUUUUCUGGUUGUUUUCUUAGAAACAGUUCACUUGCUUCCUUCCUGUGAUAAAUGCCAUAUUUAUUUUAGUAUGAGUCAACCUACACUUUUUUUAUAUUGCCUCUCUCCCCAGACCCCCAAAUCUCCAAUUUCUCACAAGUGAAUUUAGGCAAACUAAAGAAGACAUCUCUGUUCCACGAGUAUUAAAAUAAAACAUUUUAAAAUAUAAGUUAUAAAAAUAACACUUUCAUUGUUUUCUUCCUAAUUACUAAAGUAGUCCAUGUUUAUUACCCCUAUUCCACCUCC